AUCAAAAGGACUUGCAACUCAGCUUGGACUUAAAUGACUACACUUGGACUUGAGCCUUUUGACUUGAAAAUACUUCAUACCUUACCCCAAGCCAAUUUCCUGAAGAGAAAGAACAUAUUUUUUCCAAUAUGACAUGAAUUAGAUAAAACAACACAGCACAGAAACAUGUCCAAUUGAAUUCUUCUGUGGUUUUGGUUAAUAGAACUUUAUACUACAAAGUGGUCAGGAUGAGGGUCACCACCUCCAAGUUUGAGGCCGUGGUUCUCUGCCGGAAAACGGUGGAUUGGCCCCUCUGGGUUGGGAGUGAGUUACUGCCUCAAGCAAAGGAGUUCAAAGAGGUCACGUGUGAGGGUAGAAUGGAGCAUGAGAUGCAUUGGCAGUUUGGCGUGGUGUCUGCAGUGACGCGAGCGCUGCGCCGGACCAUCGUGGUAAAAAAAGAGCUGAGCCAGAAGGCAAAGCUUUCGAUUUACUGGUCCAUCUAUGUCCAAAGUCUCACCUAUGGUCAUGAGCUCUGGGUAGAGACCGAAAGAAUGAGAUGGUGGAUACAAGCAGCCGAAAUUAGUUUAGAAGUUUCUGAAAUUAAUUUAUAGAUGCAUCUGGAGAGAGCUCGGAGUAGAGCCGCUGCUCCUUUGCGACAAAAGGGUUCAGUUGAGGUGGUUCAGGCAUCUUAUCAGGAUGUCUCCUGGGCGUCUCCAGUUAGAGGUGUUCUGGGUAAGUCCAACUGGUAGGAGGCCCCAGGGCAGACCCAGAACGCGCUGGAGGGAUUAUAUGGCUCAUCUGGCCUGGGAACGCUUUGGGGUCACCCAGGAGGAGCUGGAAAGCGUUCCUGGAGAGAAGGAUGUCUGGAGUAUUUUGCUGACCCCACGACCCGGCCUCAGUUAAGCGGUUGAAAAUGGUUGGAUGGAUGGAUACUGGGAAAGUAUAUUGUCGGCACUACUUUUCCAUACCUCUGUGCUGGCAAUAGCUGUGGCCGGAGGCAAUAUGUUCUCAGGUUGUACGUCCGUCCAUAUGUUCCGCUCUUGUGAACAUCAUACGUCAAGAACACAUUAAGAACAAAUUUGGCACAAACGUUCACUUGGACUUGGACAAUUAACCAAUUUGAUUUUGGUGGUUAAAGGUCAAGGUUGCUUUGACCUUGCAUCUAUCCAUUCUCACGAAAGUGAUAUCUUAAUAACACCUCAUUGGGAUUUUUCCAAAUUUGGCACAAACGUCCACUUUGACUUAACAAUCAACUGACUUGAUUUUGGUGGUCAAACCUGAAAGGUCAGUGUAACCUCACAAAAUAUGUUUUUGGCCAUAACUCAAGAUUUCAUACACUCAUUGUGACAAAACUUCAAACACUUAAUUUGACACUUUCCUGUCUUUAUUUGGGACUUGACUCAGUACUUGAGUGCAAAGACUUGAGACCUACUUGUGACUUGUGAAACAAUGACUUGAUCCCACCUCUGUUAAUUCCCAAGCUACCAUGCUAUCAUAAGGCCAACAGUUGGGUUUUAGUGAAGCAUUGUGACUACGCGCUAGCUUUUCCUAAUUUCUUUGCUCACGACAAACAGUUUGAUAUAAAUCCAAAUCAAUCAAAUGAAGUGCCUCAGAAUAAAAGUCACAUAAUAAAAGACACAAUAAUAAAUCACAGGCAUUGUUGUUGGUAGUUUCUUUGAGAUCAAGGCAUAUUUUCUCAGACAUACAGUGACCUUUUUGAGGUUAUACAAUGUUUUUCCCACUAGCAGAGCGGAGAAACUCAUUGCCACAAUGUCACGAUAGCAAUUUUAAUAUUUUAGCCAUAAAGCAGCUGGCUGGAAUCUAGUAAAACUUGAUGCAUUUUCCAUUCAGAGGCAUCUAUCUGCCACCUCUAUAAGCUGUCCCUGUGUCCUACAUUGAAACUUUAAACAAUGACAAACAUUCAAACAAUGUAAUAUGCAGCCAUAAACACCAUAAGUCAGCCGUAAAGGAAGUGUUUCUGCCAGCAAGUUCUGUGCGAAACUAUUCACAACCUUGUUAAAAUGAAUGGGUGGAUCAGAUCACUAGAUGCUGUUGAUAAAUCUGCACUCUGAGCUGAAAGGGAGGAAGCCUUGGGAUCUUGAACAUUUUCCACUGAUUACAUUAAUGAUUUCUGCAGUUUAUGGCACAGAAACAACUCCUCGUGCUCAUUUUCCCAUCAGCUCUCAGUCAUUGGGGGUUGUUUUCUAGUUCCAGCAUGCACAAACAUCACAACAGUGAUGUUGCUAAUGCCAGUAAUUAUCAAUCCUAAUUUUCAUAUUUGGUCGUAAAACAAUCUAAAGGCAUUUUAUUGACUUUUUUUAUCCAAUCAUCUGUCGAACCAAGAUUAUUUGAUGUCGGUUUGGUGUGUCUUGGCCUUGACUUAAAGUCUGUAGCUUUUAUUAAAAUAAAAUAAAAAAAUCUGAAUAUAUAUGCUGAAACUGUCUCAUAUUCACACAAUACUAAAUCAGAUGGGUAAUUUGUGAAAAUCUUUACUCAAAGUUAUAUUCAGGAUUUAACUUGUUCCCUUCAAAAUACUCAAAUGACUUCAGCAAAUAAGUAAAAACAGUUUGAGAAUUUCAUAACUUAACAGCACCGAUUCAUUUGUCUAUUUUUCCUCUCUGAAUUACUUUAAUCAUUGAAAAUUUUAAUCAAAUUGCAUUUUUGGACAGAAAAGGUCAUUUUAAAAAAUAAGGAGUCAUCUCCAAACCCUCUGAUUCCAAGAAGAGUUUACUCUUCUAAAAGUUGCUGAUGAUCAGUGUUUUUAAAUGAGGAAUGAGCUUUAUUGUAAACAAGUGUUAAACACAUAAGGCCUCUCCCAUUUUCCAAUUUUGCGUGAGCUCAACUCCCUAAUCUGCGAUCCUUCGGCUUCUGACCAUGAAAUUGAUCUUAGUGCUCCAUCUUGAAGAAUAUCUCAAUUCCUAAAAUGCACCAUGAAGAUCAAGGAGGCCUGCUGAAGGAGCGAUGAGUGAGAAUCCAUCAGCGUAUCCUUUGUGAGAGAAUGAAAACUUGUACAUAUAGAUGGACAUGAGUGUGUGUGUGUGUGUGUGUGUGUGUGGGUGGGGGGGGGGAAUCACUCUUGAUUUAGCUAUUACUUCUCAUACUUACCAUUCAAUAUAUUUCUGUAUGUAUGAGAAGUAAUAUAUAUAAAAUAAAAUAUAUAAGGCUAUAUACUAGGGAUGAGCUUUUACUAUUACUUGAAUCUGUGUCAGUUCAGCCAGCUACAUUAUCUGCAUCCGUAUUCUGAGGGGCAUUGGACAGAUGACGCAGCCCUGCCCCACCUCAUAUUUAAUUGACAUCGCUCUAAAGUGAAGGCUUCGAUGCAAGGAUGUCUUAUUUUGUUAUAUGCAUGUUGCCUUGACUCCUCUCUCCUUGUGUCUCUUCCUCAAAACCUCCACUCACAUCUCCAGUGGGCAGGACUAAGACACGAGGAGAGUAGCCGAGGAGGGGAAUCAAACUGAGAAAUCAGAAAGCCUUCCCGUAUCUCUGUCUCAAACCGGAAUGACUCAGAGUUUUAUGAGCCCUCCCUCCUCUUCCUGCUCUCACACACAGCGAGCUCCACUCUGUCCACACAUUUCCUUGUUCCCUCCCCUUCAGAUCUACAGUUUGAAGAUGGGUGUAACCAACAUGUGGUGACGUGAGAGAGCUGACAGGCUCCAUUCACUGCAGGAAGACAUGAUGUUCAGUUCAGAGCUCACACUAGUUUCACUGUUCAGGAAGUGAGAGUCAGACAGGCGUUGUCACUGAGAGGUGAAAUGGCGCAGAAAGGAGUUGAGCUGGACAGAGAAACCUUCUCUUGUUCCAUCUGUCUGGAUCUACUGAAGGAUCCGGUGACUAUUCCCUGUGGACACAGCUACUGCAUGAACUGUAUUAAAACCCACUGGGAUGGAGAGGAUGGGAAGAAAAUCUACAGCUGCCCUCAGUGUAGGCAGAGCUUCACACCGAGGCCUGUCCUGGUGAAAAACACCAUGUUAGCAGUUUUAGUGGAGGAACUGAAGAAGACUGGACUCCAAUUUGCUCCUGCUGAUCACUGCUAUGCUGGAGCUGAAGAUGUGGCCUGUGAUGUCUGCACUGGGAGAAAACUGAAAGCCCUCAAGUCCUGUUUGGUGUGUCUGGUCUCUUUCUGUGAGAAACAUCUCCAGCCUCAUUAUGAAUCCUCUGCCUUUGAAAAACACAAGCUGGUGGAGCCCUCCAAGAAGCUGCAGGAGAACAUCUGCUCUCGUCAUGAUGAGGUGAUGAAGAUUUUCUGCCGCACUGAUCAGCAGUGUAUCUGUUAUCUCUGCUCGAUGGAUGAACAUAAAGGCCACGACACAGUUUCAGCUGCAGCAGAAAGGACUGAGAGGCAGAGAGAGCUGGAGGUGAGUCGACAAAACAUCCAGCAGGGAAUCCAGGACAGAGAGAAAGAUGUAAAGCUGCUCCAACAGGAGGUGGAGGCUAUCAGUCGCUCUGCUGAUAAAGCAGUGGAGGACAGUGAGAAGAUCUUCACUGAGCUGAUCCGUCUCAUGGAGGAAAGACGCUCUGAUGUGAAGCAGAAGGUCAGAUGGCAGCAGGAAACUGAAGUGAGUCGAGUCAAAGAGCUUCAGGAGAAGCUGGAGCAGGAGAUCACUGAGCUGAAGAGGAAAGACGCUGAGCUGGAGCAGCUCUCACACACUGAGGAUCGCAACCAGUUUCUACACAACUACCCCUCACUGUCAGCCCUCAGUGAAUCCACACACUCAUCCAGCAUCAACAUCCGUCCUCUGAGCUACUUUGAGGAUGUGACAGCAGCUGUGUCAGAAGUCAGAGAUAAGCUACAGGACGUUCUGAGGGAGACAUGGACAAACGUCUCACUGACAGUGACUGACGUGGAUGUUUUACUGUCAGACCCAGAGCCCAAGACCAGAGCUGAGUUCUUAAAAUAUUCAUGUGAAAUCACACUGGAUCCAAACACAGCACACGAAGUGGUGUUUUUAUCUGAGGGAAACAGAAAGGUAACAUUUUCAGAACAGUCUUAUCCCAGUCACCCAGACAGAUUCACUGAAUGUUUUCAGGUCCUGAGUAGAGAGAGUCUGACUGGACGUUGUUACUGGGAGGUGGAGUGGUAUGGGGAAGACAUUUAUAUAGCAGUGGCAUACAAGAACAUUCAAAGAGAGGGCAGCUGGGAUGAAUGUGGAUUUGGGCAAAAUGACAAAUCUUGGGCAUUAUAUUCUUACCGAAAUUCUGAUUAUAUUUUUUGGUACAACGGUGUCCAAACUCGUGUCUCAGGUCCUGAUUCCUCCACAUUAGGAGUGUACCUGGAUCACAGUGCAGGCAUUCUGUCCUUCUACAGCAUCUCUGAAACCAUGACUCUCCUCCACAGAGUCCAGACCACAUUCACUCAGCCUCUCUAUGCUGGACUCUGCAUUGAAUUCCAUUAUAGUUUUACUGCUGAGCUCUGUAAACUUAAAUAGACAGAGGUCAUUUAAGGGACAGAGGGUUAAAUUCUGUGUUUUAAUUCUUUAAGAUCUUGAUAACAUUUCUUUUACAUAGGUGAAUAAUUAGCGAAAAAAGAAAAAAAAAUAAUAGGACAUCUCACAAAGCUUUUAAAAAUGUGCGGAAUUAAAUUAUCGCUUCUCCUGAAAAAAAAGAGGGAAAAAACCAAAAAUGUAUGUUUUGUCUAUCUCUGAAUAAAACAUUGACUUUUGGUUACUGCUUCUAACAGGCUUGUGAGCCAAGAGUAUCUUGACGUUAGUACCAUGUGGUAUUUUUGUGUCCUUGGUGAUCAAGAAUCUUUGUAGUUGCUAGUUACUGCGAGUUGGUAUAACUGCAGCUGGAGCAGCUACGUGAUCCGCCUUCUAGCCACAUGACCUGUCCACCGUAUCUUCAAGUCAGUCCACAAUUAGACCCCUUCGCUCCUUUGCCUCGAAGUGGAAGUCCCGACAAAAUUGCUAAGUUGGUGAUUAGCUAGCUGUGAACUGUUAAAAUCAAAAGAGAGGUGGUUGUGCUUCGAGCGACAGCCAUGUGGUGACUUGAAUGUAAAGAGAGGGGGGAGGAGAAGUGCAACAUCUAGUGGCUAAUGUUAUCAAUAGCACCUUCAAAUUUGUUUAGUCUCCAAGUUUGUUGCUGAGAGCUGAUUGUUGUGGCGUCUUUUCACUGCACUGAGAUCAGCUGUCAGUCAAACAUUAUGGGCGGUACUUUGUCGUCUUCUCCUGAAUUGUUGUGUAAAUAUUUCUUGCGGUGGCGCUCCUUCCUGUGUGUGUUUAGCCGUGGAGGCUGUCACUGCUCAUCAUGAUGUGUUGUAAACUUCUUUGUGCUCUGAAUGUUUAAUGAACAUUUCAGUGGAUGUAUUUGUAUGUUGUUGUUGUUUCUCUCCCACUGCAUGAGUCUGAAGAGAGAAAUCAGCAGACCUCCUUUAUCUCAGAUAUUGUGCUUGUAAAUUUGUACAGAAAUGUAUAAUUAGCUUUUCAUGUGUUGGUGUGGCAGAUUAGUUAGCUACUAGAAACUGUAAUGAUCCUGAUCAUAAUCAAUAAGGAGAUCAUUCAUUAAUGUCUUUUACACAAACUGAAGGUUUACAUGAUGAAUAAACAAACAUGAACAAAGUAUUUUCUUCUUGUCUUCAUUCCAGGGUAUCAAACAAAGCUGAUGGAGAAACUGUGACACUGAUAUGAGAGUAUAACUGA